GCAAGUCUAAAGACACGCCUAGGCCUACUGUACGCAUAGGAGCUGUGUUUGUUGGCAGUCCAUCCUCCUCCUCAGCAGCUUGUAGAAGAGGCACGUCACUUUUAAAGAACUGAGGAACUAUGGCGAAAUCUAUUAAGGAUCACCUGCAAGAUAUUUUUGAUGAUCUUGGGGCGGGAGAUCAGAGAAAGUUUAAAAGCAAAUUGUGCGACCGGAAGACGGAGCCGCGCGUACGACGAGCUGCAGUCGAGAAGGUUGAAGAUUCUAUAGACCUCGCCAAUUUAAUGGUGACCACUUUCACGGAGAAUGGUGCUGUUCCUGUAACAAUCGAGAUUUUACAGGCUAUUGGCUGUAAUGAACCAGCACAGGAGCUCAUCAACAACACAGGACAAUCUCCAAGCGUUCCUUCAGCAGCUCCACACGUUCCUUCACCAGCCCCAGGCCCAAGCGCUCCAUCUACUGAGCACUUCAUCGAUAGGAAUCGGGCGAAGCUGAUAAGCAGAGUGAAUAACGUAGACGGCAUCCUAGAUGAACUUCUUCAGAUGAAAAUCAUCACAGAUGAGAAUUACGAAACCAUCCAUGCUGAGAACACCUCACAAAAGAAGAUGAGAAAAUUAUUAAUGGGCCCAAUUAAAUCUGCUGGCACUAGAGGGAAAGAUGUCUUAUACAAAGCUCUCAAGGAUGUUGAGCCUUGCUUGACAGAAGAACUGGAGAGUCAGUGAAAAGCCAUUUAAUGUUUCUAUUUGCUUGUCUAAUUAGUAUACAAGAUACAUAACGAAAUCAAGGAACUUCCAUUUUUUUAAUAACAGCAACAACAAUGUUGUUACAUUUUAACUUGCCAUCAUUUGAAUGGUGUUCCCCCUACUUUUUUCUUCCAAAAAGACAAACUGUCACAAAAUCAGGUGCAUCCAAAAUCUUGCUUGCUAACUGAAGAUAAUAAACACUUGUCCAAUAUCAUUUAAAACAUUGGUCUUUGUUGACUUAUCUUUUUAUCACCAGUCAAUAAACAAGUAAAUCAAGAAA